CAACGGUCAUCCAAAAAGUAAGAAAAAGGCAGAAGCAGAUAGUAAGAUACAGAAAAAAGAAACGCUCACUUCCACUCAUACUUCGUGUCUCCAACCCCACAUAGCAAAGAGAAAAGCAUCGUUUUUGCCGAUUCGCUUAGCUGGCGAUUCCGUUCGAGGAGGAAAUAGGGCUUUUCUUGAUUGUUUUGCAAGAUUACUCAGGGGUACAUGGAGGUUUCAAAUUUCGAAACGAAUAUUCAAGCUCGAUUAGGUAUCGUUAAUCUGAAGGAGGCGGAUAAGGAUGUGGUUCUAGAGCAGAAGCACGCAAUUGACUGGGUCUACAGAGGCGAAGGAGCUGCUAAUCUCGUUCUCGCAUACACCGGAUCAUCUCACUCGUUUAUAGGGAAAGUAAUGCGAAUACCGAAGGCGCCGAGGAACGGAUCGCCGCACGUGAGGAGUCCGACGGCGUUGAGCACGCACGAACGGCUACUUUGGAAAGACGUCGACGGCAUCGUAUCGUCCCCAAACAAAGAAAUUGCUGCACAACUCUAUGUGCAGCACGUCAUGAGCCCUCUCUUGGGUUCCGAACAUGUUGAUGCCGGGAUGCGUGUCCUUGUGUCCAGGGAGUUCCUGGACUCGGUUGAGAAAAAUGUUAUAUGUCAGCGUCCUGCUUGGCGAGUUGAUGCUGCCAAGGCUGAUACGGAUCGCGAUUCUGUGCUUCUCCUAACUGAUCAUUCGCUUUUUCCUGGCGGUACUCUCAACAGUCGAUCCUGUGUAUCUGUUGAAAUAAAGCCCAAAUGUGGAUUUCUCCCUUUUUCAAGAUUCAUAUCGGACAGAAAUGCCAUUAAACGGAGCAUUACUCGAUUUAGAAUGCACCAAGCCUUGAAGUUGCAUCAAGGAGAGAUAUCAGAAUUAAGCGAAUAUGAUCCCAUCGAUCUGUUCUCUAAGUGCAAGGACAGGAUAGAUAAAGCUAUUAUCAGUCUCUUUAACACCCCUCAGAAUAAUUUCAGGGUAUUCUUGAAUGGUUCUCUCAUAUUUGGGGCCUUGGGUGCUGGUGCGAACAGUACUAGUUUUGUGAUUAGUGAAGCAUUUGAAGAUGCACUCAAGUCUUUCAUCUGGGCAGAUAAUAACCUUCGUACAAUGAAUUUCCUACAGCUUGUUUCUGAGACAGUUUAUAAGUCUGGAGUACUGGAUCGGCUUCUUGAGAUCCAGAAGCUUGAUAAUUUUGACAUAGAAGGAGCGGUUCAUGCAUAUUAUGACAUCAUUUAUGAGUCUUGUCCAGUAUGCAGAGAAUCUGGUGGAGACAAAGUUUCACAGAUAUAUACAUCUUUGCAUUCCAUUCCUUUGGAUGAAAGCUUGAAGAUUGUAAAGGACUAUUUGAUAGCGGCAACCGCAAAAGACUGUAGUCUAAUAAUUAGUUUUAGACCAAGUGAAGAUGGUUAUUCAGGAUCUCCAUAUAAUAAAAUACACCUAGAGGCAACCAACCAAAUUUUUGAUUACAAGGCAUCUUUCAUUGACCUAGAUUUGAAACCUUUGAAGAAGAUGGAAGACUAUUAUGAGUUAGACAAGAAGAUUGUGAACUGCUACACUCGUAUGGUGGAAGCAGAAAGAAGCAUAAAGGCUAAUACAACUUAAAGAAACUCAACAUAAUGCAUGGAGGAUAAUUCUGACUGAGGAUUCUAUUGAGAACAUUAUACUGAAGCAGCGACUGCAGUUAACCUGACGCUAGAGCCUAUUCUCACAGCAGAAGCUGAAGUGAUGGAAGACUGUGAGCUCUGUUCGAGAAGUCCUGAUAUUUUAAUCAGCAUAGUGGAAUGAUUUUGCAGUCCAAUUAUGUUUGCCUGCAGCUUUGCUGAACCACGUGCUCAACAACUAGCUCCUGAGCAGUGAAAAGGAUCAUAGUUCCAAAAAGCACCAAAACUGGAUAUGGUGCAACGUGUAAUGAGAUAGCGGACUUGGGAAAACUGUGGUGUCAGUGGAACUGCUCUGUUCGAAGUGCAGGCAGAAGGUAAUGAAGGUAAUUGCAACAAUAGAAGGAAUAACUUCUAUAGUGCUUGACCCUUCAAAGAGUACGGUGACAGUAAUUGGAGAAGCUGAUCCAGUGACAAUCAUCAAGAAGGUCAGAAAAUUCAGAAAAUCUGCCACAGUAGUCAGUGUAGGUCCUCAAAAAGAAGAGAAGAAGGAUGAGAAGAAAGACGUUCUUCUUUAUACACCAAAGGCAUGUCAGAGAUGUGAUGUGUGGUAUGUUAUUGCUGAAGAUUAUUACAAUUAUUGUUCCAUUAUGUAACCAAAUCAAGUAAGUCACCUUUGUGUUUACUGAUCGUUCCUUUGCAUGUAUUUCGUACUGCAAGAUGUCAUUAUUGGGAAAAAUAAAAAAUACCUUCUUCUGUACAGUAAUUUUAUGAAAACUGUUACAUACAAAAAAAAUAUUAUAUGAAGUAAACUCACAAACUAAUGUGAUUUUAUGGAA